AUGACCUGCCGAAGUUCGCGCGGCGCGCUUGCCGCAGCCACCGCCACUGAACCACGCGCGGACACGCGUCGCCGCUCAGGCGGAAGCGCUUGCCACAAGCGCGGCUCCCGCAGAUCCGCGGCGUUCCUGGCGCUCCCGAUCCUGCUCCUCCUCGUUCUCCUCCCGACAGUCGCGGCGCAGCUGACGUGGGGGGGUUUGUUCCAAGGAAUAGUCGACUGGGCUAAAGGCCUCUUUAAGGGGGAUGGCGACGACGAUGACGAUGGCGUCGGCGCCGCUCAGCUGUGUGGGUCGUCGUUUCACUCAACCGCCCGGUCCCUUCUUCUCCUUUUUCCCAUCCAUUCCCGUUACAGUCUUACCUUACAUUGGACCGUGCCCGCUGGCGGCGCGAAGGUAAAAUUCGCUCUGGAGGCGGACGGCGGCUCGAACGCCGCCAGCGGUUGGAUGUCCGUCGGAUUUUCAUCGGACGGUGAUAUGGUGCCCGCCGACGCCGUGAUCGGGAACAUGGGCGGCACGGGGGUGUACGCGUAUCGUAUCUCGGGAUACGAUCGAUCCGACGUGGCGCGUACCACUUCGUUCACGAUCUACGCGCCGGGGUUAACUACCACGUCAGCGAAGACGAUAAUGACCUUCACUCGGUCCACGUCAGACGGGAGCGUGAGCGUCAACCCGACUGGCUCGAACAAGCUCAUCUGGGCCUUCUCCUCCUCGGGCUCCAAGACUCUCGCCUACCAUGGCGGCAAGUAUGGAAGAACCACAGUUGACUUUUCUUGCUCCUCCACGUCAUCCGGCUCGGGAUCAGGCUCGGGUUCAGGUUCGGGAUCAGGCUCGGGAUCAGGCUCGACGGGUAACGCCUGCGCCAAGUCGACCCUGACUGGAUACUCCUACCAAACUCCGUUGAACGGCAAUAGUCUGCUCCUGCAUUGGAACAAGGCGCGUGCCAACGGAGCAGUGACAAUGGCAGUAGAGGCCAAGUCAGGAUUAGCCAAGUCCGGAUGGGUGUCCCUCGCCUGGACCAAGAGCGGCAAGAUGGCUCCUGCUGACGCUGUUUUCGGGAAUCUAGCGGGCAGCAAAGUGGGCGCGUACGAGAUUAAUGGGUACACUGUAUCCUCGAUACAGCCCGCCUCGUUUUGGAUUGGGCAGACCCCGCAAACGAUCACGUCUUCGAGUGGUUCGACUGUGGUCAAGUUCUCUCGCAAGCAUUCUACGGGAUCAGUGUCGCGCUUUCUGGCAUACAACAAAAACAGCCUCAUGUGGGCCUACUCCCCCUCGGGCUCCAAGAGCAUGGCCUACCAUGGCGGCGCAUACGGACGAAUUACUGUGGAUUUCUCCUGCAAGACUGCUGCUACAGGCGGCGGGAAAGGAGGGGGUGAUGAUGACGACGACGACGACGACGACGACGACGAUGAUGAUCGUGAUCAUGACAGGAAACGUCGCGACCGCGAGCGCCACCGCCGCUGGCACCAGGGGUAG